CGCAGAGUGAUCCUUCCCGCCGUCGUACUCGUCCUGUGUUUGCAAGCCUAUUUGGCGUAGGUUAUCCGUUGGUCCGAAAGAGUGUUCUGUUUUUGGUUGUGCUGAUCGAUACAUCGUAGUUUGAAAAAUGUUCAAGGCAAUUAUCUUCGCGACGCUGUUCGUUGGCGUGUGCUACGCUGGGUUGAUCCAUCACCACCAGGAUGAUGAUGAUGUGUCGGAGACGGAGCAUCAUCACAACAUCGAGCACAAACAUGCGACUUCGCACCAGAGCUUCAAGUUCCAUCACUUCCACGCCGUUCCGGUGUACGUGAAGAAGGAGGAUCAGCAGUUCCUGAAGCAUCCGGUCGAAAUUUCGGGUCUUAAGCAUAACCUCAAGAUUGUUCAUCCAGAAACCGAACAGCAUCACGGUCACGGACUCACUCUGGAGAACCACAGCGAGUUUGAGAGCAAAAUCCACGGAGGACACGGAUACGAUCUGGGCCAUGCCGGUUCGGAGCAUAUUGGCCAGGAGCACUACGGUGGACACGAGUACGAGGCGCAUCAGUUCGGUCAUGAACUGGACGAGCACGAGGAAUAGAAAGGUGCAUUGUGACCGAUUGAAUAGGCCGCUUGGGGCCUGCCCGUGACUACUCCUAAUGUUACGCGGUCGUUACGCAUCGCAUGUGUAAAAUGUGAUAUAGUCAUUUAAUGUUUAAUCAUCCCCAUCCGUUCCAUAAUGGCUCAAGAUCAUAAGUAUUAAUCCAUAUUUCGUCAUUCAUUCGGUAUUCGUUGUUUGUACACGUUGUUGCAAAAAAAUUUUCACAGAACAAUAUUCGUUUCGGAAUUUUACGGUAAAUCAGACGCUAAACACACGGUUCGUCCAUUUGUUUCUGUUACUAGUACGAAUCGAUUUGUGUUUGGUGUUGAUUAUUGCCAAUUUUUUAUGAUACAAUCCAAAUGUAGUUUUCAGUUUAACGCAUUAAGGCGUAGUUUUCAAUUUAAUUUAAUUUCCAAGCAAUUCCUGGCGUAAAGCAGACAGAUAACGACUGAAGAAUGUGAAAGAUUACACCAUCAGUAA